AUGGCCGACUUUGGCCCACGUGCUCCUCAUGGGCCUGACAUGACAGGAACCCAUGAUCCUUUGCAGGAUAUGGACAUGCACGAGAAGGGUGCUUUUGAUGCUCUCAUUCGUCCUGACGACAGUUAUACCCCGGAAGGCGUCUACUGGGCGGAUCUGCCUUUGAUGAAGAAGCUGAAGUUUGUUGGCUCCUACGAUGCCAAAGAGGCGAAGCGCGAACUCAGUAGCAUCUGGGAGAUGACCAAGAAGGAUCCCAUGUCUCCGGUGUCUUACUACUUCCGGAACAUGGUGCUUCCUGGUGCUGGUCUGGGUCUGGAAGGUUACGUGCUCUUUUCCAUCGGAAACGUCAAGCCACUUUUCCAAGCCGCCUUCAAAUCGUGUUGGGGGACACACCAGAUUUGUAAUGCUCAAUGGAUCAACGCCGUCGAUUAUCUCGAAAUUGUAGGUAUCAUUGUUGGUCAGAUUUUGGUGGGAAUUCUCGGUGACUGGAUUGGUCGUCGUUGGGGUCUCAUUCAAGAUGCCACUAUUAUGUUUCUCGGUUUGGUUAUGUUGGUGGCUGCUUGGGGUGUUAACCAGAACGGCUGGGUCAUCUGCUAUGCCUGGUCUCUGUUUAUCUAUGGUAUCGGUGUUGGAGGAGAAUACCCCAUGACUGCGACUAGCGGUAUGGAGAAUGCCAUUGGCUCCGGAAAGGUUUCCACCAAGGAGGACCGUCUCCACCGUGGUCGUAAGGUUACCAGCGCCUUCUUGAUGCAGGGCUGGGGUCAGUUCUUCAACCAGGUUAUCCUCAUUAUUCUGCUGCUGUGCUUCCACCAUGGAAGUGGUAACCCACCUUAUUCGAGUGUCGCGGCUCAGUGGACCUACCGUAUCUCUUUCGCGAUCCCCGCCGUGGGCACUUUGUGGCUCGUCUACUACCGUGCCUACCACAUGAAGGCCGCUAGCAAGCAGUUGGCCGCCGCGAAGAAGAAGGCUUCGGUCACUGGUUACGAUGUGGCCUCCCUCAAGCUGGCCUUCAGCCACUUUGGCUUCCGUAUCGUGGCCACCGCUGGUGGUUGGUUCGCCAACGAUGUCUUUUUCUACGGCAACAAGCUCUUCCAGAGUGAGUUCAUCAAGGUCAUCAGCCCGGCAUCCACCUCGAUCAUGCCCACCUGGCUCUGGAACUUGUGCAACGUCGGUGUGUCGCUGUGCGGUUACUACCUUGCUUCUUUCCUGAUCGACAACAAGCUUUACGGCCGCAAGUGGAUGCAGAUCGUCGGUUUCAUGAUGGACUUCAUCCUCUUCAUCAUCCCUGCAUUCCACUUCGCCUACUACAAAGAGCCCACGCACAUCAAGGCGUUCCAGGCCAUGUACUUCCUGAGCUCCUUCUUCAACCAGUUCGGUCCCAAUUCGGUCACCUUCCUUGUUGCUGCCGAGGUCUUCCCCACCCCCAUUCGUGCCACCGCCCACGGUCUGUCUGCCGCUGCCGGUAAGCUGGGUGCUUUGCUCGCCUCCGUCCUGUACAACUACAUCGACACUCAGACGAAAUUCUACGUCGUGCCCUGGUUCGGUCUGGGUGGUGUGAUUGUGACUUGGCUCUUCCUUCCCGACACCACUGGUCUCGAUCUCAAGGAGCAGGAACGUCGCUGGGAUUACAUCCGCUCCGGUCGCGAAAGCGAAUACCAUGGCCCCGCUGUGCACUCCAAGCACUUGUCCGUGUGGGAGCGCCUCCGCGGAAAGGGCAAGUACUACGACCCUGAACUUGACUACAAGCAAAAGGUUGAAGAAUACCGUGCCGAAUGGGAGGCUGCCAUGGCUCGCAAGGUUGCUGAGAACAACAAGGGAGAGGAGCUUGAGCUCGACACCGAUGAGUCUCUCUUGGAGGGCCAUGUCCACUCUUACUUCCACCGCACCAGCCCCAUGUUCCGUGGUAUGGACAAGGCCACCAAGGCGGAUAAUUUCGCUCUGCCUCCUGCAGCGCAAGGUGAUUCCACCGAAUCGCUCAACGAGAAGUCAGAACUCUAA